AUGGACAACCCUAAAUUGAAGAAGAUCAUCGAACUCAUCGAGUCAAAGAAGAAGUCAUCGCAUCCCUGGAAACGGCAGGAAAGAUUCGACCAGCCCUACUUCUCCUUCUCGCCUGAGACGUCCUCAUGGCAGCAGGUGAUGGCGUCCAAGAGUGCUCUAGAAGCGCCAGGGCUGUCGAGAUUCGUGCUCCUGUCCUGGAACAUCGAUUUCAUGCUGCCUUUCCCGGACGAACGGAUGCGAGCUGCUCUCAAGCACCUACAGUCGCAUGUGGACGGCACUUCGCUCCCCAGCGUCAUCAUGUUGCAGGAAAUGCUUGACACCGACCUGGCCCUUCUCCAAACCGAGCCGUGGAUUCGGGCCAACUACAACAUGACUGAUAUCGACAACAAGUACUGGGAAUCGGGCCACUACGGUACCUGUACGCUGGUCCCGAAGGUCUUGCCCAUCACAUCCGUCUUCCGCGUCCAUUACGAACAGACGGCCAUGGAGAGAGAUGGGCUGUUCGUCGAUGUGAAUUUUGGCAGUGGCCAGAUCAUCCGUAUCUGCAAUACGCACCUGGAGUCGUUGAUCGCGGAUCCCCCAAAACGACCUCACCAGAUGGCAACCGCCGCCAAAUGGAUGCAUGACCCGGGGGCAAGUGGCAGUGUUCUUGGCGGAGAUCUGAAUGCCAUCCAAGACUUCGACAAGACACUCCAUUCGGACAACAACCUUGAAGACGCCUAUUUGUCCCUUGGUGGGAAGGAAGACACUGAUCAUGGGUACACCUGGGGUCAGAUGGCGCCGACUAAGCUAAGAAACAUGUUUGGGUGCAGUCGGAUGGACAAAUUGUUCUUCUGCGGACUGCUGAAAUGCGAGAAAUUCGAGCGUUUCGGUUUGGGGGUCGAAGUCGAAGAGGAAAAUGUCAAGCAGGCCCUGAUCAAGGAAGAAGGACUGGAGGCCGGCUGGGUCACUGAUCAUCUGGGGGUGAAGGGAGAAUUCAGUGUCGACAAGGCUUCAAGCCCGAAAAUCUGA